GGCGGUUGCUCCGGGUAACGGGCGGUUGUUUACUGGCUGGAGGUUUGGAGGCUGAUGGCGGCUGACGGAGAGGUUGUGUAAAAUGGAAAUGGCCUCAGCUCCAGCGGGUGUUACUGUUCCCAGAACUGGAGACCCUCUCCAUAGAAUGCAUGUUACAAGACCCAAAUCUGCCAAAGGUCGCACCAGGACCGCCCCACAGGGCUUCUCAACCAAUGCUGAGGAGUAUACCUACAGUACCUCACCACCUGCUCCCCGGGUUCCCACCAGUCCCAGGAUACUGCAGGAAGAGGUUCCUGAGCUCGUGCAUCAAGUUCUAUCCAGGCCUCCCUCAUCUUCCUUGAACCGGUACAGAGUUCUCCCAUCCAUCGGGGCAGUGAGGAAUCAAGAAAAUGCUGACGAAGAACAAAUGGCCAGAGAUAUCAGCUCCAUGCGCCUUGCAAGGGAACACCAUGAGAGGCAUGCCAAAUCUUUACAGGAGCACUCUGCAGGCAGGAUGGCAGAGACAGGCCCUAGCCAGAAGCCUCAGACUAGAGAGGAUAUUUCACCAAUUCCUGUGAAUGCGCAGGGGGUCUCACCAUUUACUAUGAAGAGGCAGGGGAUCUCGCCAUUUCCUGUGAACCUGCUAGAGCCCUCUGAGAACGAGCCCAGGCUUCUGCUGGCCAUCAGAUCCCAUACUGGCCAGAGGUUUGAACGAUACUUCCGGCCCACAGACACUAUGUAUGUUGUGCUGGCAGUGGCUGAGGAGAAGACGGGUAUGUCUUGCAGGAACUGCAGUGUGGAGUCCAUGGAAGUGCCCAGGAGAAGGUUCGCUGACCUGAGUUGCACCCUCCAACAGUGUGGGAUCCCCAAUAAAUCUGUGCUUUGCAUCCACCAGACAGAGCGGGACUGAUGACAUGAUAUUACAUGCUAAUCGUGCAUCCUUAUGAUUUCAGAGAAUUAUACUGGGUGUUACUGUGUCACAGACUCUGAUCGCCGUGCCUCAGAAAAAGUGGUACUCUGUGCUUUUGUUCAAUCCAUAAGAAUAUUCUCAUUUGUUUUCUGGCUGUAACACUGGGAUUCUGAAUAGUGACAAUGGAUCAUCUCCAUUACCUGCUUACUUCCAUAUAGGCCCAUAUCUUCUAAUAUCUGCUCAGAUAUGUUCUAAGAACAUUCUAAAUCUUUUGGUGUGUCCUGGUUAACGAAAGUUUAAUCUCCGUAAUUUAACUGUUGGCUGAAAAUGAGAUAAAUUACAGUGGCACCAUUCACUAACAUUGAUUGGGUUGUAUCUCUCUGGACUCUGCAACUAAACUUUGCAUGUGAUCCCCUGGAACACAGCCGUGGCAAAGUUCAAUACCAAAUGGUGAGAUCCAUGUUUAACCAGCUGGCUAUGAACUUCCCAGUGUGGCAUUUGGCCGAUCACCCCUCCAAUAAAAGUAAACAAGAACUCUG